AGAUGCAAAUUAAUUGCACUUGCUUCUAUUUAUUUUAUUUAUCCACGAAAUUCUUCCGGAUUAUAUUAUAUUAUGUUAUAUAUAAUAGCACCUCAACCGUUUCUAAGACAAUCAAACAAUUUCUCCAAGAGAGAAAAUGAGAUACCUAAUUUCAAUUUGUCAGGUUUAAUUCUACCAUAACCCGCUACUGACAUUCAAAUCUCAAGGCUGGAUAAUCCUCAAGCUUAAGAAAGACUCUGUGAUGAUUAUGUGACUCUGGUUUUAUUUUUUAUUUUUUUGUUAAAAUUAGAAAGAGAGAGAAACUGGGUAGAUUUAAACAGUGUUUGAGGUUCUUUUGUUCAGAUUGGGUGUCCCAUUUUUGGCGUCUUGAUAUGGAUAAUAUGGAUAUUGAUUCACCCCCUGAAACUAUUAACCCUAUCAAGCCUCGUGAUCGAGUCAUGCGGAGGCUUGUUCAGCUUGGUAUCGGUGAGGAGUAUCUUCAAAGGCGUUAUUAUCCUGGUAUAGUUGCUUUUCUCAUGGAUAAUCCAUCAUGGAUACCGGAGUUAGUUUCUUCUAUUUUACCUCUUGAUGAGGAAGUUGCGGAGGCUCUCCAGCAAAACAAGUCAGAAUCGAAAAAAGUGCAGAGCCCAACAAUGAAACGUUAUUUCAGGGAAUGCAUGGUUUGGUUACAGUGGCUGAUGUUUUUGGGUGAGCCAGCCACUGCUUUGAAAAGUCUGUCCAAGAUGAGCACUGGCCGUGGUGUUUGUGGAGCUGUUUGGGGAAAUAAUGAUAUAGCAUAUAGAUGUCGGACAUGUGAACAUGAUCCAACAUGUGCUAUUUGCGUUCCUUGUUUUCAGAAUGGAAACCACAAGGACCAUGAUUAUUCUAUUAUUUAUACAGGUGGAGGAUGUUGUGAUUGUGGGGAUGUUACAGCAUGGAAACGGGAGGGCUUCUGUUCAAGUCACAAAGGUGCUGAACAGAUACAGCCCCUUCCAGAGGAGUAUGCAAACUCUGUAGGGCCUGUCCUUGAUGCUUUAUUUUCUUGUUGGAAAAAAAAGCUUGUGUCUGCAGAAACCAUCUGCCAUGAAAACCCAAGAUCAAGUGAUCGUGUUGUACUGUGCAAGAAGGUCGCAAAUGAGCUAACAUAUGUGGUGGUUGAGAUGCUGCUCGAGUUCUGCAAGCACAGUGAGAGUUUGCUUAGUUUUGUUUCUAGGAAGGUGAUCUCAUUGGUUGGUUUGUUGGAGAUUCUGGUAAGGGCAGAGAGGUUCUUAAGUGAAGGUGUUGCAAGGAAACUUAAUGAGAUGCUUCUCAAGUUACUGGGAGAACCAAUCUUCAAAUAUGAGUUUGGUAAAGUAUUUGUAAGCUAUUAUCCAUUGGUUGUACAUGAAGCUUUAAAAGAAGGUGGUGACAGUUCUCUCAAGAAGUAUCCACUGCUAUCUACAUUCUCCGUGCAGAUUCUCUCUGUUCCCACUUUAACCCCACGACUUGUGAAGGAGAUGAACCUAUUAGCCAUGCUUUUAGGAUGCUUGGGAGAUAUAUUCAUUCAUUGUGCUGGUGAAGAUGAUCGUUUACAGGUUACCAAGUGGGGUAAUUUGUAUGAGACCACCAUUCGCGUUGUUGAAGAUAUUCGAUUUGUUAUGAGCCAUGCUAUUGUGCCCAAACAUGUAACACGCGAACAGAGAGAUAUUUUGAGAACAUGGAUGAGACUUCUGUCUUAUUUGCAAGGAAUGAGUCCCCUAAGGAGAGAAAUUGGCUUACACAUCGAGGAGGAGAAUGAAAACAUAAAUUUGCUUUUUGUUUUAGAUCAUUCUGUUGCCAAUAUUCAUUCUCUUUUGGUGGAUGGAGCAUUUUCUACUAGUGAAGAUACUGAUGAUGAUGUUUUUUCUGGCAUGAGUAAACAAAAUAUGAGUGAGGAAGAUGGCAUGAGAUAUGCAAAAGUAGGAAGGCUAUCUCAGGAAAGCUCAGUGUGUGGUGUUUUAGGGAGGAGCAAUCAGGAUGCUGAAGUUGCAUCAGAUUCCAUAUAUCAUCCUUUAGUUCCUUCAUCUGUUUCCUUGUUAAUGUACGAGUGCUUGAGAGCCAUUGAUAAUUGGCUAGGAGUUGAUCAUGCAUCUGGGGCUCUAUCAUCUGCAAAUACUAGCACUUCCAACAGCAACAUUUUAGCAUUGAAGAAAACUUUUCUCAAGUUCAGAAAAGGCAAAUCUAUUUUUAGUGGAUUUACCAGUUCAAAUGAAGACCAGAGUAGGAAUUUCUUUCCACCUGCAAAUAGUGGUUUAUGCAUGAGUAUGGAUGUAGAGAAUACUAAAAGUGUAGGGCAGGACUGCAAAAUAAUGGGUUCUGGUGAGCCAGAGACUGCCAAAUCUGAUGAGUGUUUGAUGGAAGGAAACAGUUCCACAGAAUCAGAGGUGUUCCGUAUUUUGAGUUCAUCUGAUUGGCCAAAUAUAGUUUAUGAUGUUAGUUCACAGGAUGUAUCUGUUCACAUUCCUUUACACCGAUUACUCUCCUUGCUUUUACAAAAAGCAUUAAGAAGGUGUUAUGGUGAUCCUGAGGUGCGUAGUACAACUAGUGCUGGCACAUAUACUUCAUCAUCUUCAAUGUAUGAUGAUUUCUUUGGACGUGUCCUUGGUGGCUGUCACCCUCGUGGGUUUUCUGCAUUUGUCAUGGAGCAUCCUUUACGUAAUAGAGUGUUUUGUGCUGAGGUUCAUGCUGGAAUGUGGAGGAAGAAUGGUGAUGCUGCCAUUUUAUCUUCUGAGUGGUACCGUUCAGUAAGAUGGUCUGAACAGGGUUUAGAACUGGAUCUUUUUCUUCUGCAAUGUUGUGCUGCAUUGGCUCCUGCUGACCUUUAUGUCAACAGAAUUCUAGAACGCUUUGGGCUAUCAGACUACCCCUUUUUGCACCUUGAGAAAUCUAGCGAGUAUGAACCAGUUUUGGUACAGGAAAUGCUCACACUUAUUAUACAAAUUAUCCAAGAAAGGAGGUUUUCAGGGCUAACCCCUGAUGAAAAUUUGAAAAGAGAGUUGAUUCAUAAGUUAUCCAUUGGAGAUGCUACUCGUAGUCAGUUAGUGAAAUCUUUGCCUCGUGAUCUCUCAAAGUAUGACCGCCUUCAGGAAAUUUUGGAUACAGUUGCUGUAUAUUCUAAUCCAUCUGGCUUCAAUCAGGGAAUGUAUUCUUUACGUUGGAUGUACUGGAAAGAGCUGGAUCUAUACCACCCUCGUUGGAACUCUAGGGAUUUGCAAGUUGCAGAAGAAAGAUACAUUCGCUACUGUAGUGUCUCAGCAUUGACCACUCAGCUCCCGAGGUGGAUGAAGAUUCAUCCUCCUCUCAAGGGUGUAGCUAGUAUAGCCAAUUGUAAAAUGGUUUUAAAAAUUAUCCGUGCUGUGUUAUUUUAUGCUGUUUUCUCUGAUAAAUUGACUGAACCACGUGCGCCUGAUGGUAUUCUCAUAAUGGCAUUGCACCUGCUCUCGUUGGGUUUAGACAUUUGUUUGCAGCAGAGAGAACCUGGGGACUUGUCUCUUUUCUGUGGCGAUUCCAUUCCCAUGCUUGCUUUUGCUGUUGAAGAAAUUCAUGAGGGAAUAAGUUAUGGUGCUGGUGAACAGAGCUUGCUUUCACUUCUUGUCUCAUUGAUGAGAAUGCACAAGAGGGAUAACUUGGACAACUUUUCAGAAUCAGAUGGUUGUAAUAUUUCCUCUUUGAUUGAAAGCUUAUUGAAAAAGUUUGCAGAGUUAGAUUCUGGAUGCAGGACCAAAUUGCAACAACUUGCACCUGAAGUCGUAAUUCAUCUAUCACAACCAAGUCCUCAUAGCGAUGCACAUUCUGUGGGAUCAGCUUCUGAUAGUGAGAAACGCAAGGCUAAAGCGAGAGAGAGACAAGCUGCUAUAUUAGCAAAAAUGAAAGCCGAGCAAUCCAAAUUUUUGUCAAGUAUUAAUUCCACCAACGAGGAUGAUUUAAGAGCAGGACUAGAAGAAAGCAACACUGAUGAUGAGCAGCAUUUAGAAGAGUCUGCGCAAGAUGUUUGUUCCCUUUGUCACGAUCCUAAUUCCAAAAACCCUGUAUCCUUCUUAAUUCUUCUUCAGAAAUCAAGGCUUUUGAGCUUAACUGACAGAGGUCCCCCAUCUUGGAAUCAAGCUCGACGGUGGGAAAAGGAACAAGUCUCUCUAAUGACAAUUAAGGUGAUUGAGCAGGCUGGAAUAAGCUUGUCUUCAAGUGGUUUGGAAGUGGAUUCAUCUGAUCAGCUAUCACAGUUGGUUCAGAAUGCAGUUAAUGAGUUUGCUGAAUAUGCCCAACCUGGGGAAAUUAUCAAUUUUCUUGAAUUUGUCAGAGCUCAGUCUCCAUCAUUGAGGAACAUUCAAGUGCCUAGCCCAUUGAAGGAUGGGAAUGAUAGAAAUGCAUGUAGCCUUGAGACAUUGGAACGAGAUUAUUACAUUUCCAUCAGGAAAGAAAUAAAUAAUCAUACUAUAUUUUCCAGUAGUGGACUUAAGGAUGUAGAUAUUUCAGCAGGUGAAGGGGGUCUAAAAAGCAACAGGGGUGUUAGUUCUGUAUUGCUCGGAAAAUAUAUAGCUGCCUUUUCAAGAGAGAUAACAGAGCACCCUUCAUCUUCAGAAAAUUCACUUGAUGACAUAGCAAAAAGAGAAUCAACUCUACAGGCAUAUGAAAAAUUUGGGCCAGCUGAUUGUGAUGGAGUUUACCUAUCUUCUUGUGGACAUGCUGUGCAUCAGGGAUGCCUUGAUCGAUACUUGUCUUCAUUGAAGGAAAGAUUUGUCAGAAGACUUGUUUUUGAAGGAGGGCAUAUUGUUGAUCCAGAUCAGGGUGAAUUUCUCUGCCCUGUAUGUCGUCGACUGUCCAAUUCUAUCUUGCCUUCAUUGCCUGGGGAUUUCCAGAGAGUUUGGAAGGAGCCUAUGAUUUCAACUGUUAGUUCAACAGAUGCUGUAGGACAUUUAUUCGCAUCAUGUGAGGGAAGUGAUUCUCUUUGGCUGCCACGAGCCUUGUCUCUAUUGCAAUCUGCUGCAAACAUGAUUCAGAAAGGAGAUAUAUGGAAAACCUUUCCCCUGCAAAGAAAUGAAAGAAUGAAGCAAGAUCUUGAUUCAAUAUCUAGAGUGCUCUUUAAGAUGUAUUUUCCAAGCAGACAGGAUAAGUUCUCAAGAUCCACCAGGGCAAAUCAAUUCAUGAUUAUGUGGGACACACUUAAAUAUUCCCUUGUCUCAAUGGAGAUUGCCGCACGUAGUGGCAGGAUUCAUAUGACUCCAACCUAUAGUCUUGAUGCAUUAUACAAGGAACUUCAAUCUUCCAGUGGAUUUGUUCUAGCGUUGUUGCUAAAGAUCGUGCAUAGUUUGAGAAGUAAGAAUUCUCUUCAUGUGCUUCAAAGAUUUAGGGGUAUUCAGCUAUUUGCAAAGUCUAUUUGUUCAGGAGUGUCCGCGGAUCAUGCUAGUAGAACUUGUGGUCGCAAAGGUGAUGCGUCUUCCAUCUUGAAACAGGUUGAGAAAGAAUUACCAUAUCCUGACAUUCAAUUUUGGAACCAAGCAGCUGAUCCCAUUCUUAUUCAUGAUGCUUUUUCAUCAUUGAUGUGGGUUCUCUUUUGUCUUCCGCACCCAUUUUUGUCAUGCGAGGAAUCUUUGUUAUCUCUUGUGCAUAUUUUCUAUUUAGUCUCUAUUGCUCAGGCCAUACUUGCUAUUUAUGGGCCAGAUCAAUACAAUAAUAGGAAACCAGGUUUUCAUGAUUGCCUAAUUACUGACAUUUCCCACGUCUUGGAAGAAUCUGAAUGGAUCCAGCAGUAUUUUGUCUCAAAUCAUAUUGAUCUUAGUUCAGAUACUAUGGAAGUAAUUCGUAAAUUGAGCUUCCCUUACUUGAGGAGGUGUGCCUUGCUCUGGAAACUAUUAAGCACUUCUGCCUCAGAACCAUUCUGCAAUAGGGAUGAUGUAAUGGAUAGGUCAUCUCUUGCCAUUGAUGAUUCAAUGGAUUUCAUGGAUGCUGAUGUCAUUGAGCUCAAUGAAGUUCAAAAGCUUGAAAAGUUUUUCAAGAUCCCACAACUGAAUGUUGUUCUCAAGGAUCAAGAAGUGCGAUCUACAGUUUUGAAAUGGUUACAUCACUUCCACAAUGAAUAUGAGGUUUUCAGAUUUCAGCAUGUUUUGCAUUCCACAACUGCAGUUCCAUUCAGUUUGAUGCAGCUUCCUCAUGUAUAUCAGGAUCUACUUGAGAGGUAUAUAAAACAGCGUUGUGCUGACUGCAAGUGUGUUUUUGAAGAGCCUGCUCUGUGCCUCUUGUGUGGUAGAUUAUGCUCCCCACAUUGGAAACCAUGCUGCAGGGAAAGUGGAUGCCAAACUCAUGCAAUGGCAUGUGGUGCUGGUACCGGUGUUUUCCUGUUGAUCAAGAGGACAACGAUUCUGCUACAAAGAUGUGCUCGUCAGGCUCCCUGGCCAUCUCCGUACUUGGAUGCAUUUGGUGAAGAGGAUAUUGAAAUGCAUAGAGGAAAGCCACUAUACCUGAAUGAAGAGCGGUACGCUGCUUUAACAUACAUGGUUGCUUCUCACGGCCUUGAUCGAAGCUCCAAAGUUCUUGGACAAACUACUAUUGGAUCUUUAUUCUUGGUCUAGCUUGGAAGGUGUUCUUCAAGGUUGCUGUGCAGUGAAUAAUUUCUAUUCAGAUCAGUAUUGAAGAAAUUUGCACAAAUUCCAAGAUUGUGAAAUUGUCCAUGCUUAACAGGGCCAAAUUAGUCGGGAGUCUUUGACUGAGGGGUUACAUGUUAAGGUUGGAUGAGCAGGUCAUUCUGAAGUUUUGCAGAUGGUGGAAAUUUGCAGGUGCUUUGGAUUAUCCUGUCCAUGUGUUAAAGAGAACCAUGUCCCUGACUCUUCUGGUGUUGCAUGCUUGUACAAUUAGUGCAGUGAAAGACCUUUUGUAAUCCAGCCAUGUUCAUUAGGUAGCAGUAUUCUUCCUCAGUUGCCAGUCUGCCUACUCAUGGUGCCCCUGCUGCCUGAACUGUACAGCUAAAGUCUUCUCUUCUAAAUCAACAAGCAGUAGAAAAAUGUAAUCACACAGGGCGUCUCCCCUUUCAAUAGUUUUUUUUUCCCUUAAUCCUCUUCUUUCAUUAUCUUGUAAUCCGCCCGGUGAUGGCAAAGGUUGGAUUGGGGAUUGCUGCUGAUCAACAUCCAAUAACAUUUAUGUAAAUGCCUGUGUAUAGUUGUUUGUGCUUCUUUUUUCUUUC